GGGAAUUUACUGGUCCACUAAAUGAUGAGAGAACUGCAGCAGCUGAAACAGCUGAAGGUGAUGAAGGUUUAAGGGAGGGUGAUGAGCAAGUUGGGGGCUUAUCUGAUGGAUAUGAGACUGAUGACAUAGAUAGUUAUGAUGGGGACUCUGAUGAUAUGAUAAAAAAGAGGAGGUUCCCUAAGUACAAUGAGGCAGAGAUGAACAGAGAGUAUGAAUUUUAGGUGGGGCUGGAAUUUAAAUCACUUAGUCAAUUCAAAGAGGCUGUUAAGGAGCAUGCCCUAUUGAAUGGUAGGGACAUUAGGUUUCGAAAAAAUGAUAAGGUGAGGUGUAGAGUUGUUUGCAAAGGAAGAAAGGGAAAGUGCAAGUGGGUUUGUUUUGCGAGUAAGGUCGGGGGCUCUGACUGUUUCUGGAUCAAGACUUUGAAUGGAAAGCAUACAUGUGGAAGGAACUAUAGCGGAAGACUUGCAUCAAGUAGUUGGAUCUCAAAGAAGAUUGCCAACAACAUCAGUAGAGGGGAGGAGAUGAAGCUUGCGACAGUUAUUCAGACUAUACAAGACAAAUACAUGGCCAAUAUCAGUGUUGGUAAGGCUUACUGGGCAAGGAGGAAGGCAAGAGAAGAGGUACAUGGGCAGGCAAUCUAACAGUAUGCUAAACUAAGGGAUUACUGUGCAGAGAUACUUAGGACAAAUCCAGGAUCUACUCUGAGCAUAUUGGUUGAUAGGCCUUCUCUUACGCACCAGCCCCGAUUUAUGAGAAUGUACAUGUGCCUUGAUGCAGUCAAGAAAGGCUUCUUGGCGGGUUGUAGACCUAUUAUUGGCGUGGAUGGAUGUCACUUGAAGGGCGACCAUGGACAGCAGCUGCUAGUUGCUGUUGGCAGAGAUCUAAAUGACAAUUACUUUUUGAUAGUUGUAGCUGCAGUAGAGGCAGAGACUAAGGACAGUUGGGGGUGGUUCUUGGAGAUGCUGUUAAAUGACAUUGGAGAAUCAAGAAAAUGGGUUUUUAUGAGUGACCAACAAAAGGGGCUGAUGCAAAUCUUUCAAGAGGCAUUGCCAACACUGGAGCAUAGGCUUUGUCUGAGGCAUUUAUAUGCCAACUGUAAGAAAGCAUAUGGGGGUGGUACUGUACUAAGGGACCUAAUUCUGUCUAUUGCCAAAGCUACCUAUGUGAAAGAAUGGGAAAGAAGGAUGAAUCAACUAAAGGAGGUCAACAGAGACUAUUAUGACAAGUUGUUAGCUUUGGAUCCAAAAUUGUGGACAAAGAGUCACUUUACAUUUCUGGCCAAGAGUGACAUGCUGAUGAACAACAUCUCGGAGGCAUUCAAUGGAAGAAUCCUAGAGGCAAGAGACAAGCCAAUUAUGACUAUGUUUGAAUAGAUUAGGUGCUAUUUG